AUGCUUACUAAAAGACAAUAUCAAGCAAUGUAUCCAAAAGAAGAUCAAAUAGAAUUAGGUCAUCUCUACUUUUUACCAAAACCACAUAAAAUUGGUACACCAUUACGACCUAUUGUCGCUGCAAUACAUGGACCAGCUAUAUUAAUAUCAAAAUAUCUUGAUGAUUUACUUCGUCCAGUUUUCAAACGUAUUGCAAGAAGAACAAUUUAUAAUGAUAGCUUGGAUCUCGUGAAACAAUUAGAACGAUAUGACAAAGAUGGUCAUUUAACUUCAACUACAAAAUUUAUAACAAGUGAUAUACUAACUGCUUUGUUCUUGACAAUAAAUAUUAUAAAACCAAUUCGUGGUGAUGCUAUGGGCUCACCAUUUACAACGACAUCAGUUAAUAUAUAUAUGCAUCAAUGGAAACAAUCAUUAAUUCAACAUCAACAAGAAAGAAAUGAACUUUAUCGGCGUUAUAUUGAUGAUAUAUUUAUGACUACCAAGGAAUCCAUUGAAGAUAUUAAAGUGCUACUUGAUCAAGAAAAUCAAAAAGAUCCAAAUAUCCGUAUUAAUUAUAGUGUUCAUAAAUCAGUAGAAUUUCUUGAUGUAUAUAUUGAAAAUAUUCAAGGACAUUUAAAAACUUCUGUUUUCCGUAAACCAGCUGCUGAACCAUAUAUACUUUCAUAUACAUCUGAUCAUCCACGUCAUAUUCAUUCCAAUACAAUUUAUACUGCCUUACUUCGUGCUAUUUGUAUUUGUUCAGAUACUGAAACAUUUGAUCAAGAACGACUAAAUAUUGAAAUUGCAUUACUAUUCAAUGGAUAUCCACCAAAAUUCAUUAGACAUCAUUUCAAAAAAUUCUUCAAAACUUACCAUGCAACGUCUGUCUACAAAGAUUUAAACGAAGAAAUGCAUAAAAAACUGCAUCAUGAACUGCUUUAUGAAAGUGUAUAUGAUGAUCAAAUAUUACAAUAA